GACAUAUUACUAGUUGGAGAUUGAUUCUGAAACUGUUUUCACCGGCGGCGAUCGGACGAUGAUCCCUGAAGUCAACGCCAACAAAUCACUGUCACCAACUGAAGAUGAAUCCAAGGCGACCAAAUCCAAACAGGAUCUUAUCGGACUGAUGAUGAUUCAAGUAGACGAAAUCUCCUAGAUUCCAUGGCCGGAGAAGAAGAACAAGAAGAAGAAGAAUUCCAAGCUUUAUGCUUCUGCUUCUCGAGCUGAAUUUCUGCUGCAAGAAUCAGUAACAAUGGCGUCCGUGGGCGCCGCCGCCUUCCUCUGCUUCCAAGCUUUGAGCUUGAUUACCUCGGCGGGCUCGCUCUCCUUCAACUUCUCCACCUUCGGCCGAGAUACUCCGUCCAUGAUCGACCUCCAAGGCGACGCCUUCUACAACAACCCCAACAUCUCCCUCACCAAGAACCAGCUCGGCGCUCCGAUCACCUCCAGCUCCGGCCGCGCCGUGUUCCGGGAACCGCUCCUCCUCUGGGAUGCCACCACCGGCGAGCUCACCGACUUCGUCACCCACUUCUCCUUCGUCAUCGACUCCUUCCGCCAGCCAGACUACGGCGACGGCCUCGCCUUCUUCCUCUCGCCCUACCCUUCCUUCAUCCCCGACGUCUCCUCCGGCGGCCACCUCGGCCUCAUCGGAAACGCCAGCGCCGUCUUCAUCGCCGUCGAGUUCGACACCUACAAGAACGACUGGGACGAAGACGACCACCACGUCGGUAUCGACGUCAACUCCGUUCGGUCCUCAGCGGUGUCGACGUGGAACAGCAGCAUCAAGGACGGCAGGACGGCCAACGUGUGGGUGAGCUACAACUCCACCGCCCGCAACUUGACAGUCUUCUUGACCUACAAAGACAACCCGGUGUUCGGCAGAAACUCCACCCUCUCCUACGCGGUAGACCUCCGGGAGCUGCUUCCGGAGACCGUCGCCGUCGGUUUCUCGGCUGCCACCGGCCUGUCGACGGAGAUUCAUAACCUCCUCUCCUGGUCCUUCACCUCUACUCUCCAGCCGAGAAAGAAAAAGAGGAAUCCUCUGUUUCCUCUGCUUCUCCUCCUACUCGGCUCGGUCGCCGGAUUAAUUUCCGUUCCAGGACUCGCAAUUUGGCUACUUAAGAACAAGAUUUGCAAGAAGAUAAAUGAAGAAAAGGAAGAAGAUCGAAUCGACAUAGAGUUGGAGGGAGAGAGAGGCCCCAUGGGGUUUUCUUCCCGGGAACUCGCCGCCGCGACAAGGGAAUUCUCCGACGAGGUGAAGCUGGGGGAGGGGGGAUUCGGGGCGGUGUACAGAGGAGUCUUGGAGGAGUCGAAGAAGGAGGUGGCGAUCAAGAGAGUGGCGAGAGGGUCGAAGCAGGGGAGGAAGGAGUACAUGUCGGAGGUGAAGAUCAUAAGCCGGCUGCGCCACCGGAACCUGGUGCAGCUCGUCGGGUGGUGCCACGAGAACGGCGAGUUCCUGCUGGUGUACGAGUUCGUCCCCAACGGCAGCCUCGAUAGCCACCUCCACGGCGAGAAGGUGCUCGACUGGCCGGCGAGACGAAAGGUGACGCAGGGGCUGGCGGCGGCGCUGGUGUACCUCCACGAGGAGUGGGAGCAGUGCGUGGUGCACCGCGACGUGAAGCCGAGCAACGUGAUGCUGGACUCCGCCUUCAACGCCAAGCUGGGAGAUUUCGGCCUCGCGAGGCUCGUCGACCACGACAGGGGAUCGCAGACGACGGCGGCGGCCGGGACGAUGGGGUACCUGGCGCCGGAAUGCGUCGCCGCCGGGAAAGCCGGCAGGGAGUCCGACGUGUACAGCUUCGGGGUCGUGAUGCUGGAGGUCGCUUGCGGGAGGCGACCGGCCGAGAGUGACGUCAGGCUAGUGGAGUGGGUGUGGGGGCUCUACGGCCGGAGAAGGGUUCUGGAGGCGGCCGACGGGAGGCUCCGGGGUAAGUUCGACGGGGAGGAGAUGGAGAGGAUGAUGGUGGUGGGCCUCUGGUGCGCGCACCCGGAUUACGCGAUGCGGCCGUCUAUGAAGCAGGCGAUCAGCGUGAUGAAUUCCGACGGCGGGCCGUUGCCGGACCUGCCGCCGGCGAUGCCGGUGCUGAUGUUCUACGCGCCGCCGAUGGAGAUGUGCAGGUUUUCGUACACAUCGUCGGUGGCGACGACGACGACGACUUCAACGGUCACUGGAUAUGCUACCAACACUUCGCCAGGUUCUUCUUCCUCGUCGACGGCGAACACUUGAUUUGUUCUUCCUUCAUUUCUCUGUGAUUAUUCUCCACUGACUUGUUCCUUAUUUAGUAAACAAUUUAGUGGAGAAGUGUAUUAUGGAAUUAGGAUUAUAAUUUUAAAUAUAUAAUUGAUUUUAUUUUUCUAA